AUGCAUCGCUAUGCUUCGCCGAGACGAACCAUGGUAGUCGUCAACUCGCUGCUCAAGCUGGUCCAGAGGCAGACGUACACCUGCCUGUCGCACCGCUACGGGCUCUACCUCUGCUUCGGUGGGAUCGUCCUCAUGAUCGUUUCCGCCUUUCAGUUCGGAGAAGUGGUGGUCGAGUGGAGCCGAGACCAGUAUCAUGUGCUGUUUGACUCCUACAGAGACAACGUGGGUGGAAAGUCCUUCCAAAGCCGGCUCUGUCUCCCCAUGCCCAUCGACGUGGUCUAUACGUGGGUGAACGGCACAGACACGGCCCUGCUGAAGGAGCUGAAGGCGGUCAAAGAGCAGCUGAUCGAAGAGCAAAAGGCUCUGAGGGAACGGCUGGGAAAGAAUGCAAGCGAGACGACCGAGGUGCCAAAAGACAGCGCCAAGCCCGAGUGCCUGCUGUCCCACUGCAUCGUGGCGCCCAUGCUGGCCCUGGACCCCGCUCUGCCGGCCAACGUCACGCUCAAGGAGCUGCCGUCGCUCUCGCCCGCCUUCUCCGCUGCCAAAGAGCUGCUGCUCCUGAACAAACCCUUCCACCCGUCCACCACCGUCUCCGUGGUCGUCUUCCACUCGCAGGCCGACGCUGUGAAGGCCUUUACUGACGUGGCUAAAGAAGAUGUGAAGUUCUCCGUGUCCAGAUGUUACCUGACGACGGAUAAGGAGGCUCCCGGUCUGCUCCGGAUGCAGACGCUCGCCUACAUGAGCGGCUUCCCGGCUUCCUUCAAGGAGACGGAGCAGCUGCGGGUCAAGCUGCCGCCUGCCAUCACCAACAGGAUCAAACAGUUCGAGUUGUACUCGGAGGCCAGCAUCUCGCUGCUCCAGCUGAAAACCCAGCAGGACUUCGCUGAUCUGACGCAGCAGGCCAAAAAGAACCUGACGCUGGAUGGGAAGGAGCUCACCAUCAGUCCCGCGUACAUGUUCUGGGAUCUCAGUGCCAUAUCACAGUCCAAGCGGGAUGAAGACGUGUCAGCCAGCAGGUUCGAGGACAACGAGGAGCUCCGCUACUCGCUGCGCUCAGUGGAGAAGCACGCUCCCUGGGUGCGGCACAUCUUCGUGGUCACCAACGGGCAGAUUCCCUCUUGGCUCAACCUGGACAAUCCCAGGGUGACCGUAAUCACACAUCAGAACAUCUUCCUCAACGGCAGCCACCUCCCGACCUUCAGCUCGCCCGCUAUAGAGACCCACAUCCACCGCAUCCCCGGCCUGUCGCAGAAGUUCAUCUACCUCAACGAUGACGUGAUGUUCGGCAAAGACGUCUGGCCGGACGACUUCUACAGCCACUCCAAAGGGCAGAAGGUGUAUCUCACCUGGCCCGUGCCCAACUGUGCAGAGGGCUGCCCCGGGUCCUGGAUCAAAGACGGCUACUGCGACAAAGCGUGCAACAACUCUGCGUGUGACUGGGACGGAGGAGACUGUCUGGGUGCCGCGGGGAACAGUCGCUUCGGCCUGGGGGGCGGCGGCGGCGGCCAGGGUGGGGCUGGGGGGCAGAUGUGGCAGUUCGCGGGCGGCGUCGGAGGCCUCGGUGGGACGUCGUACUGCAACCAAGGCUGUGCCAACUCCUGGCUGGCAGACAAGUUCUGCGACCAGGCCUGCAACGUGGCGUCGUGCGGCUUCGACGUGGGCGACUGUGGCCAAGAGCAUUUCGGCGAGCUGCACCGCGUGACCCUGCUGAGGAACCAGAGCCUGUACGUCCUCCCGCUGGGGGAGGUCCGGCCUUAUUUCUCCUUCCACCGGCUGGCUCACAGAGCCACGGAGGCCCACGUCAGCGACAACCAGGUGGUCCGUCACACCUCGGUCGCCAACAAGUGGAAAACCAUACACCUGCUCCUUUAUCCCGGCCACAACGCCACCCAGGUCCAGUACAACGUCACCUUCCAGGGGGCCGACGGCACAAAGUUCGCACUGACCUUCAACGUGGCCGUGGACACCAGAGAGGUUCCCCGCUCCAACGCAUCCCAGCCCGCAGGCAAGGACGCUGCCGAGGAGCCGAAGCCCAGCCCGACUCCCGAGGAGGUUUUCCUUUUUUCAGACAUUCCCGAAGACAAGCGCAGCCCUAAGAUCCGGAAAAGGCAGGACGGGGACCCUCAAGCCGUUGUGGAGGUUCCAUCCCUAAAUGUGUCCCUUCUACCGGCCGCUGUGCGUAACGAGCUUCGGAAGCUGGAGGAGAAGCUGCUGAUCGGUGACAUUACGAUGAAGGGCUACAACCUCACUAAAGCGGAGCUUCUAAGACCUUACAAGAUGCUGGGUGAAAAGCAGCAGCAGCAGCUGGCGGUGGCAGCGCAGCCAGGCAGCGAGGACGUGGCCAAGGAGCGGAGGAAACCAUAUAAAGACCUGGAUGGAGACCAGCCCCAGGCUGAAGAGGUCAGAGGUCAGGGCUCGAAGGGAAUAUCCAGCAGAGGGGAGCGGCACCAGGAAAAAGCUGCCACCGCUCGUAUCCCAGUCCGUAUCAGCGAUGAGCUUAAAGCCGAGGAUGAAGCUGCUCCUCUGAACGCUGCCAUCGAGAGGCCCAGAACUGGCAACCUGCAACCAGCUCCCGUGGGGAGGAGGCUGCAGCACUUCGUCUCCUCCGACAGAGGCUUCCUACCGUGGGAGAGGAGGAAGUAUUUUCAGGACGUCCUCGAGGAGGAGGAGCGUCUGCAGAAGGAGCUAACGUACCGGAGCGACGGCGCCGCCACUGGGCGGAGGCUGCACGACACCUUUGCCAACUCCCUGCGCUACGUCAACAAGCUGCUCAACAGCCAGUUCGGCUUCACGUCCCGCAAAGUGCCGGCGCACAUGCCGCACAUGAUCGACCGGCUCAUCAUGCAGGAGCUGCAGGACACAUUUCCUGAGGAGUUUGACAAAACAUCGGGCCACCGCGUGCGUCACUCGGAGGACAUGCAGUUCGCCUUCUCCUACUUCUACUUCCUGAUGAGCGCUCAGCAGCAGCUCAACGUCUCGGAGGUGUUCGACGAGAUCGACACAGACCAUUCGGGCGUCUUGUCCGACCGCGAGAUCCGAACUCUGGCCACGAGGAUCCACGACCUGCCUCUCAGCCUCCAGGACCUCACAGGCCUAGAGCAGAUGCUGAUAAACUGUUCCAAGACUCUCCCAUCAAACCUGACACAGCUUCACCUGGCGAAUCCCACUCAGGAGGCCUACUAUGACCCCAGCAUGCCUCCUGUCACAAAAGGCCUCAUCCUCCACUGCAAGCCCAUCACAGAACGUAUUCACAAAGCCUUCAAGGAUCAAAACAAGUACAAGUUCGAGAUCAUGGGAGAAGAAGAGAUAGCCUUCAAGAUGGUGCGAACGAACGUGUCCCACGUGGUCGGCCAGUUAGACGACAUCAGGAAGAACCCAAGGAAGUUCAUCUGUCUGAACGACAACAUUGACCACAGCCAUAAGGACGCCGCCACAGUGAAGGCCGUGCUCAGAGACUUCUAUGAGUCCAUGUUCCCGCUGCCGUCGCAGUUCGAGCUGCCUAGAGAGUAUCGCAACAGGUUCCUGCACAUGGAGGAGCUCCAGGAGUGGCGAGUGUAUCGGGAUAAGCUGAAGUUCUGGACUCACUGCGUCCUGGUGACGCUGGUCGUCUUCACCGUCAUGUCCUUCUUUGCCGAACAGCUGAUUCUGCUCAAGCGAAAGCUGUUCCCCAGACGUAGAGUGAAUAGGGACAGCAACCCUGAGCGAGUGUGACAGAGGAUGAUGAUCCCUCCACAGCCCCCGGCCCUUCUGUCUUCCGCCGCGUAAAGGGAACGAAGGGGACUGGGUGGAAACGGGAAUCUGAAGGCCCGCGAUGCUUGUGUUGCGUCAGAGACUCACCAGACAAUGAUGAGACAGUUUUGGGGAGACGAUGGUCUGGCCUGGCCAGAGAAAGGGAAUAACGCCCAGACAGAAGAGGCCUGUAAUGCCUCUCUUCCUCCACUGGGGACAUCCGAAACCCUUCACACACAGAACACUCCCUUCGCCCUGCACCUCCCUCCCAGGUCCCGUCUUCUCCGCAUCGCUGAUUAACGGGCUGCUUCACAGCGUUGUGUACACAGGAAGAAGGUUUUGCCAUAAAAUCUGUUGUUGCUUGAAGUUCGGACGACCAAUCGCCUCACUAACAAAGUAAUCUGUAACUAUACUUAUAGCUGAUUCAUUGUUUGAUUGUGUCUGCACGCAAAAAUGCCAAAUGUUUACUGGUACUGGCUGCUCAGAGGAUUUCUACGUUUCUCUGUUUUGGUAAACUGAUGGACACAGAAUGAUCUAGACCUUAAUUGAUUAAUUAAGAAAUGCUCAGCAGGUUAAUUGAUAUCUUUUUAUAGUUAUGCUUGUGUUUUUUUUUUAUUUUAAAGAACCCGAGGGGAAAGGUUAGCGUAUCUUCAUGAGGGGUGAUAAAUGUAAGCCAUCGCUCUUGUGUUGUUUGUAAAAAGAAAAACUUGAAGUGCCUUCUUUCAUUCCUGCUUGUUUAAACCUUUCUCUAUGUGUGUAUAUGUGUUCCUGUAUUGUAUUGGUCAUACACACCGUGUCCUGAUCAUCAUGCUUGAUGUGGUACAGAUGUUCUCAUCAGAGCGAUACUACAGCUGUAUGUGCGUCCCCGUGGGACACGAUGGGCUCGCUGCUGUCUGAAAUUCAGACCCCCUCAGCAUGUGUUCUCUAACUUAUUUUCAGUGUGUUCUUGUGACAGUGAGCCAAGUGUUCAAUGCUAACUGUAAGCGUUGUGCCACAAAAUGCUUCAGAUACUGCUCAAACGGGUCAUAUGUGAGGUCAGAGGGCGACUUUCAAAUCACAUCGUUUCAUUGGGCUGAAGAAUAAAAAGUCCUUUGGGUUGUUUUUUUGGUACAUCUAGUCAGGUGGUUUAAUGAGGAAACAUUCACCCUCAAUUGAAAAAUAUAAAGGAGGAGUUCAAUAAAGACAUGUUUGCUGCCAACUGGGA